AUGUCCGUGGAAGACGGCUGCUGUUGGAACAUUUUGAAAAGGAUUUACGCCCCGCGACCCCUCAGUACCCAGGCGGUAAAGAUCAAGAAUACGGUGCUCACAGAUAAUCAGAAAGCUAAGCACUUUAUCCGUUUAUAUCCACGAAGAGCCAAACGGCACCCCCAUUCCUACCCUCCACCGCCCAUUCCAGUAACAGAUACAAAAUUCAUCCCCAUUACAGCAGCAGAACUGGAACGGGCACAGCGUCUCCUUCCUAAAGGGACGACCGCAGGUCCAGAUGGUAUCUACAGCGAGGCACUCCAACACUUGGGAACCCGAGCCAAAGGAGACUCUUGCUCUCUUCAACGAGAGUCUCCGUACGGGCGUGGUUCCAGUCUCUUGGAACGUAGGCAUCAUUGUACCACUCCUUAA